CCCCCCUCUCUCUCUCUCUCUCUCUUCAGAGUGUUCCUCCCAGAAGCCUCCUCGCUUUUGGAGGAGGAGGAGGUGAGGCCUCCCCGUUGAUCAUAUUUGUACAUGAACGCAACCUUUCUCGCUUUUGAUUUUGUUGUCAUUGAAUUUUUGUUGGGGAAGCCGAGGGGAUCGCCGCCAAUGGCUCAAUUGCUUUCUCCGAUCUGCACGGACGCCCUCAAAUUCAGAAGUUGUUCCGCUUCUCCCAUCGGAACUCGCCGUAAUUUUUUCAGGCCGGCGGUAGAUCGACCCAUCACCAACGGACGUCGCCGGGACUUGCGCAUCAGAGCGGCCACCGGGAGCUCGGUCUCCGAGGAACCCGAGGCCGAUGACUAUUACUCCGUUCUCGGCGUUUUGCCAGAUGCAACACCAGGGGAGAUAAAGAAAGCAUAUUAUAAUUGUAUGAAAGCUUGCCAUCCUGACUUGAGUGGAAAUGAUCCUGAGACAAACGAUUUCUGUAUGUUCAUUAAUGAGGUUUAUGAGAUACUAAGUGACCCUGUGCAACGUAUGGUUUAUGACGAAAUUCAUGGGUAUGCGUUAACGGCAAUCAAUCCUUUCCUGGAUGAUUCCAAGCCAAAGGACCACGCUUUUGUCGAUGAGUUCUGUUGUAUAGGCUGUAAAAAUUGUGCCAAUCUGGCCCCUGACGUUUUCAAGAUUGAGGAAGAUUUUGGAAGGGCAAGAGUUCGCUCUCAAUCAGGGAAUACUGAAUUAGUCCAACAAGCUAUUGAAAGUUGCCCAGUGGACUGCAUUCAUUGGACUUCUGCAGCACAGCUAUCUCUACUUGAAGAUGAGAUGCGUCGGGCAGAGAGAGUAAAUGUUGGAUUAAUGCUUUCUGGAAUGGGGGCUUCCUUUGAUGUCUUUGGCAUGGCACGUUCCCGGUGGGAAAAGCGUCAAAUGAAAGUCCUGGAAAAGGCUAAAAUCAGAAUGAUGAAGAAAAAAUCUUCUGACAAGUCUGAAUCGUACUGGAGCAAUCUUUGGGAAGAUUCUGUUAAAUACAAGGAUACAGAGGAGGAAGAGAUGCAAGAGAGGUCCAAAAGAGCAGCAGCUGCGGCCAGGCGUUGGAGAGAGUACUCAAGAAAGGGUGCAGAUAGGCGGCCAACUUUCAAUCUUCCAGAAGCCUUGUCCAAAAAGGAUUGAGCAGGCAACAUUUGCAGUUGAAAUAUUGUACACUAGUCCAUAUUGUACACUAAUCCAUAUUGUUUUAUGUAUAGUUGAAAAAGAAAAACCAUUGUAUAAAGUUGAUUACUA